GAGAUGGACAGUCGAGAGAGAGCAGCCCCAAUGGCGACAUGGAGCGAGAGAGUUUCUUUGAAGGAAAGAACAUGGCACUUUUUGAGGAGGAAAUGGACAGUAACCCCAUGGUGUCCUCGCUCCUCAACAAGCUGGCCAACUACACCAACCUGAGCCAAGGCGUGGUGGAGCACGAGGAGGCCGAGGACAGCCGGAGGCGCGAGGUCAAGAACCCAGGCAUGGGCACCUUCAUCGGCGUCUACCUGCCCUGCCUGCAGAACAUCCUCGGCGUGAUCCUCUUCCUGCGCCUGACGUGGAUUGUGGGCGUGGCCGGCGUCCUGGAGUCCUUCCUCAUCGUGUUCAUGUGCUGCACCUGCACGAUGCUCACCGCCAUCUCCAUGAGUGCGAUUGCCACCAAUGGCGUGGUCCCAGCUGGUGGCUCGUACUACAUGAUAUCGCGGGCCCUGGGGCCAGAGUUUGGGGGAGCCGUGGGCCUCUGCUUCUAUCUGGGCACGACCUUUGCAGGGGCCAUGUAUAUUUUGGGGACCAUUGAGAUUUUUCUGACCUACAUCUCCCCUGGCGCAUCCAUCAUCCACGCCCAGUCGCCGGACGGCGAGGCUGUGGCCAUGCUGCACAACAUGCGAGUGUAUGGGACGUGCACCCUGGCCCUCAUGGCCAUGGUGGUCUUUGUGGGCGUCAAGUACGUCAACAAACUGGCCCUGGUGUUCCUGGCCUGUGUGGUGCUGUCCAUCCUUGCCAUCUACGCCGGCGUCAUCAAGACCGCCUUCGACCCGCCGGACAUCCCGGUUUGUCUGCUCGGGAACCGCACGUUAUCGAGGCGCAACUUUGACAUCUGUGCCAAAGUCCUCACCACCAACAACGGCACGGUGACCACCGCGCUCUGGGGCCUCUUCUGCAACAACUCCAUGCCCAGCGCCAUCUGCGACGAGUACUUUGCCCAGAACAACCUCACGGAGAUUCAGGGGAUCCCCGGCGUGGCCAGCGGCGUCUUCCUGGAUAACCUGUGGAGUGUGUACACGGACAAAGGCAUGUUUGUGGAGAAGCAGGGCACGCCCUCCGUAGCGGUGCCAGAGGAGAGCAGAAGCAGCAAGCUGCCCUACGUGUUCACCGACAUCAUGACCUAUUUCACCAUGCUGGUCGGCAUCUACUUUCCCUCCGUGACCGGCAUCAUGGCAGGCUCGAACCGAUCGGGGGACCUCAGGGACGCCCAGAAGUCGAUCCCCACAGGGACCAUCAUGGCCAUUGUGACCACAUCUUUCAUUUACCUCUCCUGCAUCAUGCUUUUUGGGGCCUGCAUCGAAGGCGUGAUCUUGCGAGAUAAGUUCGGGGAAGCCCUGCAGGGGAACCUGGUCAUUGGCAUGCUGGCCUGGCCCUCGCCCUGGGUCAUCGUCAUCGGCUCCUUCUUCUCCACCUGCGGCGCCGGCCUGCAGAGCCUGACAGGGGCACCGCGCCUGCUGCAGGCCAUCGCCCGAGACGGCAUCAUCCCCUUCCUCCAGGUGUUCGGCCACGGGAAGGCCAACGGGGAGCCCACGUGGGCCCUGCUGCUCACUGCCCUCAUCUGUGAGAUCGGCAUCCUCAUCGCUUCCCUGGACAGUGUGGCCCCCAUCCUCUCCAUGUUCUUCCUCAUGUGCUACAUGUUUGUGAACCUGGCGUGCGCGGUGCAGACCCUACUGCGCACCCCCAAUUGGCGCCCACGCUUCAGAUACUACCACUGGACCCUGUCCUUCCUGGGCAUGAGCCUGUGCCUGGCGCUGAUGUUCAUCUGCUCCUGGUACUAUGCCCUGUUCGCCAUGCUCAUCGCCGGCUGUAUCUACAAGUACAUCGAGUACCGAGGGGCUGAGAAGGAGUGGGGCGAUGGUAUCAGGGGGCUGUCGCUCAACGCUGCCCGCUAUGCCCUGCUGCGUGUGGAACACGGCACCCCCCAUACCAAGAACUGGAGGCCCCAGGUGCUGGUGAUGUUGAACCUGGACUCUGAACAGUGUGUGAAGCACCCCCGCCUGCUGUCCUUCACCACGCAGCUCAAGGCUGGCAAGGGCCUCACCAUCGUGGGCUCUGUGCUGGAGGGGACCUACCUGGACAAGCAUGUGGAGGCCCAGCAGGCUGAGGAGAACAUCCGGUCCCUGAUGGGUGCCGAGAAGACCAAAGGCUUCUGCCAGCUGGUUGUGUCCUCCAACCUGCGGGAUGGCAUGUCGCACCUGAUCCAGUCGGCUGGCCUGGGGGGCAUGAAGCACAACACGGUGCUCAUGGCCUGGCCCGAGUCCUGGAAGGAGGAGGACAACCCUUUCUCCUGGAAGAACUUUGUCGACACUGUUCGCGACACCACGGCCGCGCAGCAGGCCCUGCUGGUGGCCAAAAACGUGGACCUGUUUCCGCAAAACCAGGAACGCUUCAGCGAUGGGCACAUCGACGUGUGGUGGAUCGUACACGACGGGGGCCUGCUCAUGCUGCUGCCCUUCCUGCUGCGGCAGCACAAGGUGUGGAGGAAGUGCCGGAUGCGCAUCUUCACGGUCGCGCAGGUGGACGACAACAGCAUCCAGAUGAAGAAGGAUCUGCAGACGUUCCUGUACCACCUCCGGAUCAGCGCGGAGGUGGAGGUGGUGGAGAUGGUUGAGAACGACAUCUCCGCCUUCACCUAUGAGAAGACGCUGGUCAUGGAGCAGAGGAGCCAGAUGCUGAAGCAGAUGCAGCUGUCCAAGACGGAGCGGGAGAGGGAGGCUCAGCUAAUUCAUGACCGGAAUACUGCAUCCCAUUCUGUGGUGGCCACCAGGACCCGAGCCCCUUCCACGCCCGACAAAGUGCAGAUGACCUGGACGAAGGAGAAGCUGAUCGCCGAGAAGUUGAAGAACAAAGAGGCCAACAUGUCCGGGUUCAAAGACCUCUUCAGCCUGAAGCCAGAAUGGGGAAACCUGAACCAGUCCAACGUCAGGAGGAUGCACACGGCUGCUACGUGUCUCAUGGGAUCAGCUAUGGCCUUAACUCCGUCCACCCCAGAUAUGGAGUUCCUUGAGGUCCUGACCGAGGGGCUGAACAGGGUGCUCCUGGUCCGGGGCAGUGGCCGGGAGGUGAUCACCAUCUACUCCUAA